UGUGGCGCCGAUGAGGCCGCCCUCUUGGCGCGCAAGGCGGACGUCCACAAGCACGGACAGGGCGCAAACGCAGCGGGCACGAUAUGCGACGCCACCGACGUGCCAGGCCCGAUGGCAAAAGGGUGCAGCUGGAUGAAGAUUCCUCCCGGCGACGACUGCGCACAAGCCACCGAGGGGGCGUGCAUGUGCCGGGACUACAACCUGUACAGGAACGGCUGCCCGAUUUGUGAACCGAGCCCGUGCACCAAGCGCUAUUGCUUCGACAUCGUUGACUUGCCGGGCAACAACUGCCAGUGGAUGUACAACAGCGGGGACGAUUGCCAGCAGCAGACACAGCGCGCUAUCGACUGCCGCAAG